UCAAAAAAUUCAAUCCUCUAUAAUAAGCAAUAUAAUUAAUAAAAAGGUUAAUUGUUCUGUCAAAUCUUCUCCUCUUGAUAUUCAAAUUUUUUAUAAUAAUGAUAUUGAUAUAAAUACCUUAACACUGGAACAGGCUUUACAAAGCAAAGAUUCCAAUAUAAUUAUUGGUGAAAUACAUUACAGAAUAAUAAUGAAUGCCCCUUAUAUUAAAAUUUUAAAAUUGCCUAAAAAACCUAUGGUUGGAUGCCCUUUUUUCCCAUAUAUAGAAGUCAAUGAAGAUGAUGUUGAUGUUCAAUAUUUUUGGAUGAAGCCACAUAUUGAAAAGGAGCAUACAAAUGAAUUAUAUAAUGGGGAUAUAAUGUACAAAGAUUAUGAUGAAUCAAAAUGGACAAAAAUUAUAAUGCUGAUCUUAUAUGUUUACAAGAAGUUGAUAAAAAACUUUUUAAUACUCACUUGAAUAUUGGAUUAUCUCAGUAUGGUUAUUCUGGGCUAUCUCUAUUUAAAGGAGACACAGUUGCUGAAGGCUGUGCUUUAUUUUACAAAAAUUCAAAAUUUGAUCUUAUUUCUAAAUAUGAUAUUUCAAUACCUAAUGCAAUUCAAGCUAAUCAAGAACUAUAUAAAACCAUACAGCAAUACCCUAGACUCAAAGAAAAUAUAAUGAGUAAGAAAUCUGUUUUUCAGGUUACACUUUUGAAAUGCAAGUAUAACUUAACUGAUGAUGUAAUAUGUAUAGCUAAUACACAUCUCUAUUUCCUUCCUACAUCACCCCAUAUUCGUUUAAUUCAAAUAACUAGUUGCUUGAGAUAUUUACAAAAUGUUUUAGCUCAAUAUUGCCAAAAUAAUACAAAGAGCAAAAGACCUCGAGUAAUUAUUUGCGGUGAUUUUAAUUCAUCACCUCAAACGGAUCUCUACCAAUUUUUAACCACUAAAUGUCUAACCAAGGAUGCUACUUCUUGGCCAAAAGGAGACGAUCCGGAAGCAUUUGAAGGGUUUGACUUGAGUCACAAUUUCGAGUUAUACAGUGCUUGCGGACAACCUGAAUACACAAAUUUUGUGCCUGGUUUUCAAAAAUGUAUCGAUUAUGUGUUUGUCGAAAAAAAAAAAUUCGAAAUUGAACAGAUUAUUCCGUUUCCAUCAAGGAAGGAUAUAGAAAAAUAUACGGCGUUACCCAAUGAAGAAUUAGGUUCAGACCAUUUAGCAUUGGUUUGUGACGUGAAAAUUACAUAAUAUCAGAUUAUAUAUAUUUUCGAUCGAAUAAGAAUUUCCAAAAAUAAAAGUUACUUACUAGUUUGGUAUGCCAUUAUGAUAUAAUAA